ACACGACAUUGACGUCGGUGGCCAUCAAUAACAAAGAAAACAGCAGCCAGCAAUAACACGGAGCGAGAGCGAAAUAAAUAAAUAAUAAACGCAUUUCGGUCGCUAAAAGCAUCAAAUUAAGAACAACAAAUAGUUAACAAAAAGUAGAAAAUGUUUCGCUCUAGUUUUGACAAAAAUCUGGAGAACGCCACAAGCCAUUUGCGCUUGGAACCAGAUUGGCCCUCAAUUUUACUCAUUUGCGAUGAAAUCAAUCAGAAAGAUGUCACUCCAAAAAAUGCGUUUAUCGCAAUCAAAAAGAAAAUGAACUCACCGAAUCCACAUUCGGCAUGCUACUCCCUGCUGGUGCUGGAGAGCAUUGUGAAAAACUGCGGUGCUCCCGUCCACGAGGAGGUCUUCACCAAGGAGAACUGUGAGAUGUUCAGCAGCUUCCUGGAGCUGACACCGCACGAGAAUGUGCGCCAGAAAAUGCUCGAACUUGUCCAGACCUGGGCCUAUGCAUUUCGCUCCUCCGACAAGUAUCAGGCCAUCAAGGAUACUAUGACCAUACUCAAGGCCAAGGGACACACAUUUCCCGAGCUAAAGGAAGCGGACGCAAUGUUCACUGCCGACACGGCGCCCAACUGGGCCGAUGGCAAGGUUUGUCAUCGUUGUCGCGUUGAGUUUACCUUCACCAAUCGGAAGCAUCAUUGCCGCAACUGUGGUCAGGUGUUUUGUGGCCAGUGCACGGCCAAACAGUGUCCGCUGCCCAAGUAUGGCAUUGAGAAGGAUGUGCGGGUCUGCGAUGGCUGCUUUAUGUCGCUGCAGCGUCCGUUGGGCACCAAGGCAAGCACUCGUGUGGCGGACAGCGAUUUGCCAGCGGAAUAUCUGAAUAGCUCAUUAUCACAGCAGGUGCAGACGCCGGCGCGCAAGACCGAACAGGAGCUGAAGGAAGAGGAGGAACUUCAGCUGGCACUGGCGCUCAGUCAAUCGGAGGCGGAGCUAAAGAAGCCACAACCACAGUCGCUGGCCAGCUAUCGCAUGCAGCAGCGUUCACCGAGCCCUGAGGCGGCACAGCCGCAAAUGCCAGCACAGCAGCUGCAGCAGCAGCAGCAGGAGGAGACCAAUCCCGAGCUGGCAAAAUACUUGAACCGUGUCUACUGGGAGCAGCGGAAGAUUAGCGAGUCCUCCUCCAUGGCCAGUCCAUCGGCGCCCAGUCCCAUGCCGGCGACACCGCAACCCCAACAACAGCAGCAGCAGCUGCUACAAUCGCUGCCAAUGCCAAAGAAUGCGGAUGAAGUGCAAAUUGCUGAAUUCGCUGCCAAUAUGCGCACCCAGGUGGAGAUCUUUCUCAAUCGCAUGAAGUCCAAUUCGAGCCGUGGACGCAGCAUUUCCAAUGACUCCUCGGUGCAGACGCUCUUCAUGACGCUCACCUCGCUGCACUCGCAGCAGCUGACGUACAUCAAGGAGAUGGACGACAAGCGCAUGUGGUACGAGCAGCUGCAGGAUAAGCUGGCGCAGAUCAAGGACUCGCGUGCCGCGCUCGAUGUGCUGCGACAGGAGCACGUCGAAAAGUUGCGUCGCAUUGCCGAGGAACAGGAGCGUCAACGUCAACUACAAAUGGCCCAAAAACUGGAGAUUAUGCGCAAGAAGAAGCAGGAGUAUUUACAAUAUCAACGACAGCUGGCCCUGCAGCGCAUCCAGGAGCAGGAGCGCGAGAUGCAGCUGCGCCAGGAGCAGCAGAAGGCCCAAUAUCUAAUGGGCCAAACGGCACCCUUUCCCUAUCUACCGCCCACAGCAGUGGCCCCCACACAUGGCUCACCCUCGCAUCAAAUGAACAACGUUUAUAAUCCCUACGUAGCAGCCGCUGGCUAUCCAGCACCCAAUGGUCAUGGUGUGGCUCCAUUUGCCACCGGCAUACCACCGCCAGGCAUGUACAAUCCAGGCAUGCCGCAACCUCAACACGUUCCGGGCAUGAUGAUGCAACCACCGCCAAAUAUGAUGCCGCAGCAGCAACCACAACAGCUACCCGAGAAUCCCCAAUACCCCAAUCCUAAUCAGGCCAUGUUAGCUCAGCUGCCACCACAACAACAGCAAGUUCCACCUCAGCCUCAACCGCAGCCACACCUGGCUCAUGUUAUGCUGCAGCAACAGCAAAUUGUUCAAUCACAUCCUCCAAUUGCCAAUAACCAAGCACCACCGCAACAGGCUGCACCACCACCAGCUGCUGCUCCUCCUGCUGCUAUUGCUGCUGCUGCUGUUGAUAUGAGCAACACACAAGUGCAGGCGGUGGCUGCUGCACCGGCACCACCACAAACCGAACCCGAGCCGGCUGCUGCUGCUGCUAAAGCCGCCGAGCCCGCAACAGCGGAGUUGAUUUGCUUCGAUUAGACCACAAUUGUUAACGUUCUUUUAUACACACACACACAUACUUAUAUAUAUAUAAACUAAUCAAACUUUGUUAUGGCUUCCAACUCCUUGCUCAAAUUAUCUAAGAACUAAAUUGUAUUGUGGCAUGCCUUGUAAAAUCUGGCGAUUUAGAGCAAGGAUUUGGAACUUGAACACAGACUUAUUGUAAUCACCAAGUGUAACCACCAACUGAGGAAUGAAUUAUGCAAAUGUUAUUCCAAAAAGAACAGAACUUUCUUAUUGUAUUAUCGUAGUCAAAACAGAUGUGUCCUUAUUACUUUUUGUUAUAUUUGUCUUGUGUCUUGUUUUACGAAUUGAAAUUCACCUUAAUUUAGAAAUAGUUUCAUUCCGGCGUUUCUUAUUUGAAUUAUAAAUAUAUAUUUUCGAUUUACAGUCAUUGGAUUCAAUUCACAAAUAUCUCUUCGAAAAUGAAAAAGAAACGAGUCUGAGUAAGAAAAAAUAAAUAUAAUUCACAUCGAUUUGUCUACUUAAAUGAAUUUUAACUAAAAUAAAUAAUUAUUAAC